AUGGCCCUUCACGAUUUGGGUAGAUGGAGAAAAGAGUUGGGGCUGCAGAAAAAGCGGCGAUUUAUUGCUUUGUUGAGAAAAUUUCCUUCUGUGUUUGAAAUUGUGGAAGAAGGGGUAUAUUCACUUCAGUUUAAGUUAACUCCAGAGGCCAAGAAGCUUUAUCUCGAGGAGUUGAAGGUUAGGAAUGAAACGGAGGACUUGUUGGUUAUCAAGCUAAGGAAAUUGUUGAUGAUGUCGAUUGAGAAGAGGAUUCUUUUGGAGAAGAUUGCCCAUUUGAAGACUGAUCUUGGACUUCCAUUGGAGUUUCGUGACACUAUUUGUAACUGA